AUGGUAAGUUUUGAAAUCAGUAUUUUGGGCGCUUGUGGCGGUCCCCUAGAUGGCUGCAACCAAGGCUUCUUGCUUUCAGAGGCUGGAACUCACGAAGAGAAGCACUAUAUGUGUGUGGACGCAGGCUCCGGACUGCGACAAAUAGCGGACAUGAUGGACAAGAGUUGUACGAAUACAAGGCAGGCCAAUCUCGAUUGCCGAGAAGAUAUGGUACAAAGCCUGUAUGAGAGAACGCAAGAACCGCUUCACAAAUUUGUGGACGCUAGAUGCCAGGUUAUUCGCGGUUUGGGUUCGAUACCAAAAACAGAUUCAAAUGAGACUACAAUGACCAGGGCAUUGAGGCUACUAAAUAAUAUUGGUGAUUACUUUAUAACGCACCCGCAUCUGGACCAUGUUGCAGCACUCGCCAUCAAUUCCCCAGCCUUUAGUGGCCCAGAGAAGACAGUCUGGGGCCUUCCGGCCACCACGGAAGCAAUUCAAAAGCACAUCUUCAACGACAUUGUAUGGCCCAACCUGUUUGCGCAAAAUAAAAUCAAAAUUCGGAUGAGUGUUUUGGAAGAAGCGCGUUCAUACCAUAUCAAAAGCAUACCCAACUGGUCAGUGACUGCGUUCCAGGUUAGUCAUGGCGUGAUGAUUGAAAGUCGACUGCCAUGCAUCAGCACACUUUACCUUAUACAAAACACGCUGACGAAAGACUCUGUGCUUAUGUGUGGGGACCUGGAAUCAGACGUUGUUUCGCACCAACCCCUUUUAGCUGGCGUGUGGAGGCACUUGAGCUUAACGAUACCGUUGAAGCAUUUGAAAGGAAUAUAUAUAGAGUGCUCGAGCUCAAAUGGUAUUGAGGAUACGCAAUUAUAUGGCCAUUUGUCACCUAAAUACCUGGUUUACGAACUCAAGCAGCUCAGCCGAGCCUAUGGUAGCGCGCUGGACGGAUUACAGGUGAGCAUCAUUCAUGUUAAGAUGGCACUGGGAGAGGUGGAUCCUCGAUUGCAGGUCUUAGACCAAGUCAGAACUAUCGCGGCAGCUGAGGGCCUGGGCGGUAUAAUUUUUACGAUGGCGUUACAGGGAUAUACAUUUGUACUAUAA